AUGGUCCCAGAGCCGGGCCCUAUCAACAAUAGCACCCCAGUCUGGGGGCCUGGGCCACCUCCUGCCCCAGGGGGAAGCGGCUGGGUGGCCGCCGCGCUUUGCGUGGUCAUCGUGCUGACAGCGGCCGCCAAUUCGUUGCUGAUCGUACUCAUCUGCACGCAGCCUGCGCUGCGCAACACGUCUAACUUCUUCCUGGUGUCGCUCUUCGCGUCGGACCUGAUGGUGGGGUUGGUGGUAAUGCCCCCGGCCAUGCUGAAUGCACUGUAUGGGCGCUGGGUGCUGGCGCGCGGCCUCUGCCUACUUUGGACCGCCUUCGACGUGAUGUGCUGCAGCGCCUCCAUCCUCAACCUCUGCCUCAUCAGCCUGGACCGCUACCUGCUCAUCCUCUCCCCGCUGCGCUACAAGCUGCGCAUGACAACCCCGCGUGCCUUGGCGCUCAUCCUGGGUGCCUGGAGCCUUGCGGCGCUUGCCUCCUUCCUGCCCCUGUUGCUGGGCUGGCACAAACUGGGCCACGCUCGGACACCUGCCCCCGGCCAGUGCCGCUUAUUGGCCAGCCUGCCUUUUGUCCUCGUGGCGUCCGGAGUCACCUUUUUCCUGCCCUCAGGUGCCAUCUGCUUCACCUACUGCAGGAUCCUGCUGGCUGCCCGCAAGCAGGCGGUGCAAGUGGCCUCGCUCACCACGGGCAUGACUGGCCAGGCCCUGGAGACCUUGCAGGUGCCCAGGACCCCACGCCCAGGGAUGGAGUCCGCUGACAGCAGGCGUUUGGCCACCAAGCAUAGCAGGAAGGCCUUGAAGGCCAGCUUGACCCUGGGCAUCCUGCUAGGCAUGUUCUUUGUCACCUGGCUGCCCUUCUUUGUGGCCAACAUAGCUCAGGCCGUGUGUGACUGCAUCUCCCCAGGCCUCUUUGACGUCCUCACCUGGCUUGGGUAUUGUAAUAGCACCAUGAACCCCAUCAUCUACCCACUCUUCAUGCGGGACUUCAAGAGGGCCCUGGGCAGGUUCCUGCCAUGCAUCCACUGUCCCCCGGAGCACCGGGCCAGCCCUGCCUCCCCCUCCGUGUGGACUUCCCACAGCGGUGCACGACCAGGCCUCAGCCUGCAGCAGGUGCUGCCUCUGCCUCUGCCACCGAAUUCAGAUUCAGACUCAGCGUCAGGGGGCACCUUGGGCCUGCAGCUCACAGCGGCUCAGCUUCUGCUGCCUGGAGAGGCAACCCGGGAACCCCCGCCACCCACCAGGGCCACCGCCGUGGUCAACUUCUUCGUCUCAGACUCUGUGGAGCCCGAGAUACGGCAGCAUCCACUGAGUUCCCCCACGAACUGACCAGGUCAAGAGCUGGUCAGUGGAGAGCCACAUUCCAGAGAACUCAGCCCACUCUCCCUCAGCCUGGGAAGUGAGCUCCAUGAGGCAUCCUUGGCUAACCCCCAUCUUCUGCUACAGGCCCCUUGACAUGAGGAGUGAUCAGAAACAGCUCUGUAUGAAGAGUCACUUGUGGUUUGUGUAGUGUGGCUGAGGGACUUGGGGAGAUGGGUCAUUUAGUUCAGGCCAGCAGGUAAGCAACCUGUUCUUGGUCCUUUCUUUCUUGGUAGGUGGAAAGAAGGCUCAUCUAGAUACUCACCCAGUUUUUGUCUGGCCCAAUCCCCUGCUAUCCAAAGUGCCAUUCUUGGGAUACUGGGGCUCUCAUGGGCCUUGGGGAGUUUAUUCAAAGUGCCCCCGCUUUCUACUGAAGAUACACUCAGUCAAAAUUGUAUGUUUAUGAGCUUUCCCACAUAUACAUUCGCUGGACACUUUGGACCUGCCAGCCCCUAGGAUGGGAACUGUCACACUAAAGAGCACCUUAGGCUGGAAGCCGGGCAGCCAGAAACAUGACCUUUUCAUCAACUGCCUAAGGCAGCUUGGAGGCUUAGCACAGGUCUCAAGGGGAGAGACAAUGUAAAUGGUGUGCCCAGCACCUGUGAGGGGUCAGGAGGUGGUAAAUUCUGUUGCUUUAACCCCUGGUCAGCCAGGGCUUGGCUCUGGUAGAAGGCUAGCAAGGCCCGCUCCCUCUCCCCCUCCUUCCCUCUCUACUCUCUCCUUCCCUCCCUUUUAUUUUUUUCUAGGGUCUCAUAUAGCCAGGCUGCACUCAAGUUCCGUGUGGCCAAGGAUGGCCUUGAACUUCUGAUCCUCUUGCCUCUACCUCCCAAGUGCUGGGAUCACAGAUGUAUCGCACACACCAGGUUUAUGCAGUGAUGGGGAUGGACCUCAGGGCAUCAUGUGGUCUAGGAAAGCACUCUGUCAACUGAGCUGUGUCCCCAGUGCCCUUUCCUUUCUGCUAGGACAACCUUGCACACACUAGGCAAGUGCUCUCUUCGGAACCACACCGCAGCCCCACUGUCCUUUUCCAGCCUUGAUUUCCAUACCCUAACUCGGGCUCCCAGCCUUCUUGUUCUGAUGGGUGGGGGACCCCACCACUCAGGACCCUACUAGUCCCAUCUGCUGUUCUGACUCUUCGACCUCAAGGGCAGGCUUCCUCCAUCACGGGCUUCCCAGAAAGGAAGCAGCUGAUGGAGGCGGACUCAGUUCCUCACCCUGCCUCUUUGGGUCCUUCCUAGGGUCAUUGAAAGAAAGGACAGCUGCCUGGGUGGGCAGAGAACAGUCGAAGAGGAAUGUCCCUGGCUUGGGGGUGAAGCUGCAGACAAGCAGGAGGGGUCCGGCUUGGGCUGGGCUUUUGUGGGUAAGGGCAGGGGACCCUUGGCUCCAUGCUUCUUCUCUCUGCUGAGUUCCUCUUAGGUCCCAGGUCUUUAUUCAAGCCCUUAGGUUCCAUCAUCCCCAGCUCCCAGGCUGGCCCAGCGUGACCAGGAGCUCUCCUUGGUGCUGAUCAUACUCAAUUGGGCCCUGGCAGCAGGGUUUUGGUGCUUGCCUGGGUUUCUCCUCCUCCAGGCCUGCCUGAGGGACUCAA